UCACUAACCUAUGCCCCCCGCAAACAUGGAACUUGACAACUGACUACUUUCCGACGCUUUCUCUACUCUGUGGCAUCUGUACUUGGCAGCGCUGUUUUACUCACAACCAGCCUAUAUGAGAUUGACGCACCAAAGUCAUCAAUUGUCGCUGUCCAGCUCGUCGCUUCCGAACUUCCAUCUGCCUCAUCCAUAGCCAUACUACCAACAGAGUGCUUUAUUUGUUUUCUGGGGCAUAAAUUGGAUUUAAUCCCGGUUAUUAGUGCUAUCCCGGUGCUGACAGCCUUUCCUUUCGAGAAUCUGCCUGCAUUCUCCUCUCCCACUCUUGUCAGUAGGAACCGACUCUCCUGACAAAGGGCAUCCACCUGAGCAUCGAUGGCCAGGGGCGCAGCGAGGCUUGGAGGGCCGACAGAGCUCCGCUUCAACUCGGCACGAUACACCAUUCGUUAUCAAGUCGUACACGAGAUGCCUUUCAUCGCCGCUCAACAAUUAGCUCUGCACAACCCUGCAAGUGUUAAAAUCUCUCAUCUAUACAAGAAUCGGCCUCGCGAUACGCUAUGGUCCUCAUUUGGUCUUCGUUUGCUUUUAGAAUACAAGAGUGUCGUUCGAUCCUGGGCAAUGGGAAGGUCCAGAGUGGCUUUUCGCAAAGCUUUGGCGGAUCGUGGAUACGAUCAGGACGGCCGAGCGAUCAGCUCUUUUCCAAGGCCCGCUGCUGAGGCAACACAGAUUGCCGGUUUACGAGGAUCGAUUGACUUUACCGUUCGGGAAGAGGUCAUCACAGCAAAGUCUCCGGACAUCGAGAAGGAUAUGCGAGAGUUUGUGGACAGGAUAAUCAAAGUGAUGCUUCAUGCUCCGAAAGCAGGGACUGGCUUUUUGAAGCAACGUAUCUUAUGGGAUAAUAAGCGUAGAUAAUGCACAAUUUGACCCUGUUUC